AUGAGCGAGGAGGCGAAGCUGGAGGCCCUGCUGCUGUGCCUGGACGCCGCCUUCCGCGCAGGGGGGGCCCCCAGUACCCUCGAACUCGCGGGGGCCCACCCCGAGUGGGGCCCCCACGACAAAGUCGUGGGCCUUUGCAGGGCCCUCCAGUCCUUAGGAUAUGUGGCUUUGACUUUGCAAGAAAAGACUCUGUGGGCCCUCACGGCAGAGGGCCAGCAGUACGCAGCCCGCGGCAUGCCCGAGGCCAAUUUGCUGCGCUGGAUGCACCAAAACCCCCGCGCAGCAGCGGCCGCAGCUGCGCAACUAGCAGCAGCAGCAGCAGCAGCAGCAGCAGCAGCGACUGCUGCUUCUGUAGGGCUCCCGCAGCAGCAGCAGCGUUUCCAGUGCCCCUCACAGCAGCAACGGCCGCAGCAGCAGCAGCAGCAGCCGCUGCAGCAGCGCCCCGCGGCCCUGCGCCGCCCCCCUUUCGCCCAGCAGCAGCAGCAGCAGCAGCAGCAGCAGCAGCAGCAGGUGUUGCGGGCGUGUCUUGUGCAGGAGGAGGGCUACUCUGCUGCGGAGUUGAAGCAAACUUUGGGAACUGAAGGAGAAUUGGGACUUUCAAAUGCUUUAAAGGUUUGCGCUUGUGCUGAUUCUUUAGAGCUGAAGCCCUACAACUUCUUUGCAUGCGGCACGCGGCUGCGACGGGGGGCCCCCCACCCGCUGAUGCUUGUCCAGAAGCAGUUCAAGCAUGUUCUCACUUCCAUGGGGUUCGAGAGCCCCGAAUGCAGCCACCCUGACCAACUGCCCAAGUCCUUCGUUUCCGCCGUUCAGCAAAUGCACGAAAGCGGCGGCGGCGGCUCCACGGGCUGGAGAUACACCUGGUCGCUGGACGAGUCGCUCAAAAAUGUUAUGCGAACACACACGACUUCAGUCUCAGCCCGCAUGCUGUACCAAAUGGCGGAGGAGUAUAGAAAAGUGGAAGGAGUCGUGGCCGGCGAAAACCUCUCGCUGGGGCACCUCAUGGGUGUGAUCCUCACAUUCUAUAUUGCCAUUGGCAUUGAAGAGCUGAAGUUCAAGCCGACGUUCAACCCUUACACCGAGCCAUCGAUGGAAAUCUUCGGAUACCACCCGGGGCUUAAGCGGUGGAUAGAAGUGGGGAACAGCGGAAUGUUCCGCCCCGAGAUGUUGGGGCCCAUGUGUCUGCCUAGUGCAGAGGGAGUGUUCAGGGUCUAG